AGCCAAGGAGCCCAAUACUCAAUAGAUCUCAACUCCAUAACAAACCUAAGCCACCAGCGCCACCAAAACAACGAAGGCCAACGGAGGAGCAAGGGUGGUGUCCUUGCGCUGCCGCAGAGGACACAGAAACUGUAGGCUCCGUCAACCGUCUCCAACUGCCAGAGUUCAUUUGGACAAAAGACAGUGGAACAGUAGAAGUAUUCAAGAGGCCCUUUUAUCUUGACUUCCUGAACUUCUGCUUUGAGAAGUUUGAAGUGGCUAUAUGGUCUUCAAGAACCAGGAAAAGGAUCGAUUAUGUCAUUAAUUAUUUGAUGGGAAAUAUGAAACAAAGGUUACUUUUUUGUUGGGAUCUUUCUUAUUGCACUAAAACAAGUUUCAAAAGUCUCGAAAACAAGUACAAGCCAUUGGUUUUUAAAGAUUUGAGGAAAAUUUGGGAGAAGUACGAUUCCCGUCUUCCAUGGAAGAAUGGAUACUAUAAUGAAUCAAAUACAUUGUUGUUGGAUGAUUCUCCAUACAAGGCAUUACUUAAUCCUCCAUGCAACUCCGUGUUUCCGCACACAUUCAGCUUUCAGAAUCAGAGCGACAAUUCACUAGCUGCUGGAGGUGAUCUGCGAGAAUAUCUGGAUGGAUUGGCAAAUGCUGAAAAUAUACAGAAGUAUGUGGAGCAACACCCAUUUGGUCAAAGUGCUAUCGAUGAAAGAAGUCAAUCUUGGAACUUUUACAGCAAGGUUCUCGAUAGUCUUUCUACCUGUCAACCUGAAAAGUGAAAAAAAAAUCCAAAUAAAUGGAUCAGUAGUCUUCUCCUUUAAUUUUUCUCAUCACAGCAGUUGUUUUCCCAUUCUUUAACGUUAGAACAUCUUACAAAACAUUUUUUAUAUCGAAGAACAGCUGUAACAGCAAGAGGGCUAUAGAAUUGAAAGGAACGAGUGAGACUUCAAAACUGAAGUAGUUUGUUUACCAUUGAUUUAAUUGUUUUUCAAUUCUUACACACUCGCUAUAUUUAUAUAGGAACAUAUGUUCUAUUCAUCAGUACACAUAUUUGAUU